AUGACAACAGCAAACCCACAACGACAGUGCCAGCUAUAUCGUAAAUUUAACACCGAAAAGCUUCCACCUCCUCUUAGCCGUAGGGACGAACGUAUUCGCUCGAUGACGUGCUCAUUCGAGGAAAUUGCCGAAUCCGAGGAGGAGGAUGUUCAGGUACAGUUCGAUAGAAAUGCCAAAUAUUCAGAUUGUCAUCCAUUACUAUUAUUGUUGGACAAUGAAGCUUCUCGUAGUAGAGCACCCAUCUUACCUAUUUUUUUUAUCAGUCCAUUACUCUGA